AUGAUAUGGCUUAGAUUAAAAUUAGAUUUAUUACCGUGUAUUGCAUAAGAAAUAGAUAGAUUUUGCAAUUUAUAUUUUGAAAAAGCCAAAAAAGUAGAAUAAGGAGAUGAAGAAGCAUAUAAAAAUAUAAUUUAAUUAUAAAAAGAUGCUUUAAAAAGAAUAGAUGAUAUAGAUGCCUUUUAUGAAAAAAAUUAUUCUGAUUAUAGAAUUGGAUAUUUUGAGAAAUUAAAAAUUAAAUUAAGAAAAUUAUUAAGUCCUUUUAUACCUCUCUUGAUAAUUAAUAUAUGCAAGUAAAUAUUUAUUAUAUAAUGUAAAUUAAUUUGA